GGGGGGCGCCGAGCGUGUGUCACUCGCGCUCUCCCUCUGUGUAUAGAGGAUGUGCUGAAUGGUGCGCUUCGAGGCGGCGGCGGCGGAGGAGCAGUACCCGGCGGCAGCUGGCAGCCUCGGCAGCCCGGCUCGGCUUCCCUUCGCCCUCCGAGGCUCCGCAGCCACCGCGGGCGCCCGACCCCGCGUCCCGCCCGGGGCAUGGCCCGGCGCCUGGCCCCCGCGCGCCCCGCCUGCUGAGCGGCGCCGGAGGAGGUGCGGAGGCCGGGAGGCCGGGGGAGGCCGGCGGGAGAACAGAGUCGAGCGCCUCGCGAGCCGAGAAAGGAGCCCGCGCCCCGCGCCCCGUCCCUGCCGCGCUCGCCCGGGCCGCCCGGAGCCCCGAUGAGCCCAGAUGGCCGGGGCUCAGCCCGGAGUGCACGCUUUGCAACUCAAGCCCGUGUGCGUGUCCGACAGCCUGAAGAAGGGCACCAAAUUCGUCAAGUGGGAUGAUGACUCUGCUAUUGUCACUCCAAUUAUUUUGAGGACUGACCCUCAGGGAUUUUUCUUUUACUGGACCGAUCAAAAUAAGGAGACGGAGCUGUUAGAUCUCAGCCUUGUCAAGGAUGCCAGAUGUGGGAAGCAUGCCAAAGCUCCCAAGGACCCCAAGUUACGUGAACUUUUGGAUGUGGGGAACAUCGGGCGCCUGGAGCAUCGCAUGAUAACAGUGGUAUAUGGGCCUGACUUGGUUAACAUCUCCCAUUUGAAUCUUGUGGCUUUCCAAGAAGAAGUGGCCAAGGAAUGGACAAAUGAGGUUUUCAGUUUGGCAACAAACCUGCUGGCCCAAAACAUGUCAAGAGACGCAUUUCUGGAAAAAGCCUAUACUAAGCUUAAGCUGCAAGUCACUCCAGAAGGGCGCAUUCCUCUCAAAAACAUAUACCGCUUGUUCUCAGCAGACCGGAAGCGAGUCGAAACUGCUUUAGAGGCUUGUAGUCUUCCAUCUUCAAGGAACGAUUCAAUACCUCAAGAAGAUUUCACUCCAGAAGUGUACAGAGUUUUCCUGAACAACCUUUGCCCUCGACCUGAAAUUGAUAACAUCUUUUCCGAAUUUGGUGCCAAAAGCAAACCAUACCUUACCGUCGAUCAGAUGAUGGACUUUAUCAACCUUAAGCAGCGAGAUCCCCGGCUAAAUGAAAUCCUUUACCCACCUUUAAAACAGGAACAAGUCCAAGUAUUGAUUGAGAAGUAUGAACCCAACAGUAGCCUCGCCAAAAAAGGACAGAUAUCAGUGGAUGGCUUUAUGCGCUAUCUGAGUGGAGAAGAAAAUGGAGUCGUUUCGCCUGAGAAACUGGAUUUGAAUGAAGAUAUGUCUCAGCCCCUUUCUCACUAUUUCAUCAAUUCCUCACACAACACCUACCUCACAGCUGGCCAGUUGGCUGGAAACUCCUCUGUCGAGAUGUAUCGCCAAGUGCUCCUGUCUGGUUGUCGCUGUGUGGAGUUGGACUGCUGGAAGGGACGGACUGCUGAAGAGGAACCAGUCAUCACCCAUGGGUUCACCAUGACAACUGAAAUAUCCUUCAAGGAAGUGAUAGAAGCAAUUGCUGAGUGUGCAUUUAAGACGUCACCUUUUCCAAUUCUGCUUUCAUUUGAGAACCACGUAGAUUCCCCAAAGCAGCAAGCCAAGAUGGCGGAGUAUUGCCGACUGAUCUUUGGAGACGCUCUUCUCAUGGAACCACUGGAAAAAUACCCACUGGAAUCUGGAGUUCCUCUUCCAAGCCCUAUGGACUUAAUGUACAAAAUUUUGGUGAAAAAUAAGAAGAAAUCGCACAAGUCGUCGGAAGGAAGUGGCAAAAAGAAGCUCUCAGAACAAGCUUCCAACACGUACAGCGACUCCUCCAGCGUGUUCGAGUCCUCAUCUCCAGGAGCUGGGGAAGCUGAUACCGAGAGUGACGACGACGAUGAUGAUGAUGACUGUAAAAAAUCUUCAAUGGAUGAGGGGACUGCAGGGAGCGAGGCCAUGGCCACCGAAGAGAUGUCUAACCUGGUGAACUAUAUUCAGCCAGUCAAGUUUGAGUCAUUUGAAACUUCAAAAAAAAGAAACAGAAGUUUUGAAAUGUCUUCCUUCGUGGAAACCAAAGGCCUCGAGCAACUGACGAAGUCUCCAGUGGAAUUUGUAGAAUAUAACAAAAUGCAGCUUAGCAGGAUAUAUCCAAAAGGAACCCGUGUGGAUUCAUCUAACUACAUGCCUCAGCUCUUCUGGAAUGCGGGUUGCCAAAUGGUUGCACUUAAUUUUCAAACUGUGGACCUGGCUAUGCAAAUAAAUAUGGGGAUGUACGAAUACAAUGGGAAAAGUGGCUACAGAUUAAAGCCAGAGUUCAUGAGGAGACCUGACAAGCAUUUUGAUCCAUUCACCGAAGGCAUCGUGGAUGGGAUAGUAGCCAAUACUUUAUCUGUCAAGAUUAUAUCAGGUCAGUUUCUUUCUGAUAAGAAAGUCGGGACUUACGUGGAAGUGGAUAUGUUUGGUUUGCCUGUGGACACGAGGAGGAAGGCAUUUAAGACCAAAACAUCACAAGGAAAUGCUGUAAAUCCUGUCUGGGAAGAAGAGCCCAUUGUGUUCAAAAAGGUGGUUCUUCCUUCUCUGGCCUGUUUGAGGAUAGCAGUUUAUGAAGAAGGAGGUAAAUUCAUCGGUCACCGGAUCUUGCCAGUACAGGCAAUUCGGCCAGGCUAUCACUACAUCUGUCUGAGGAAUGAGAGGAACCAGCCUCUGAUGCUCCCAGCUGUCUUUGUCUACAUAGAGGUGAAAGACUAUGUCCCAGAUACAUAUGCAGAUGUGAUUGAAGCUUUGUCAAAUCCAAUAAGAUAUGUGAAUCUGAUGGAGCAAAGAGCUAAACAAUUGGCUGCAUUGACACUGGAAGAUGAAGAAGAAGUAAAGAAAGAGACUGAUCCUGGGGAAACACCAUCGGAAGUUCCGAAUGAAGCCAGGACAACUCCAGCAGAAAACGGAGUGAAUCACACUACAUCCUUGGCACCCAAACCACCCUCCCAGGCUCUCCACAGCCAACCAGCUCCAGGUUCUGUAAAGGCACCUGCCAAAACAGAAGAUCUUAUUCAGAGUGUUUUAACAGAAGUGGAAGCCCAGACCAUCGAAGAGCUAAAGCAGCAGAAAUCAUUUGUGAAACUUCAAAAGAAGCACUACAAAGAAAUGAAAGACCUGGUUAAAAGACACCACAAGAAAACCACUGACCUAAUCAAAGAACACACUACAAAGUAUAAUGAAAUUCAGAACGACUACUUGAGAAGGAGGGCAGCUUUGGAAAAGACAGCCAAAAAGGACAGUAAGAAAAAGUCAGAUCCCAGCAGUCCUGACCAUGGUUCAUCAACGAUUGAGCAAGAUCUUGCUGCCCUAGAUGCCGAAAUGACCCAAAAGUUAAUAGACUUGAAGGACAAACAACAGCAGCAGCUGCUUAAUCUUCGACAAGAGCAGUAUUAUAGUGAAAAAUACCAGAAGCGAGAACAUAUUAAACUGCUUAUUCAAAAAUUGACGGAUGUUGCUGAAGAAUGUCAGAACAAUCAGCUGAAGAAGCUCAAAGAAAUCUGUGAGAAAGAGAAGAAGGAAUUAAAGAAGAAAAUGGACAAAAAAAGGCAGGAGAAGAUAACAGAAGCUAAAUCCAAAGACAAAAGUCAAAUGGAAGAGGAAAAGACAGAGAUGAUCCGGUCGUACAUCCAAGAGGUGGUGCAGUACAUCAAGAGGUUAGAAGAGGCCCAAAGUAAACGGCAAGAAAAACUUGUAGAGAAACACAAGGAGAUACGUCAACAGAUCCUGGACGAAAAGCCCAAGCCUCCAGUUGUCAGGAGCAGCGGCCUAAAAAGUCAGAGUAAAAUCAAGACCUGAGCAAUUUGGACUGCAAUUUACCAAACAGGUAGGAGUGGGAUUCUGGACCUUUCUCUUAACUAAUUCUAUAGCAAUGCCUACAGGCAGCAUGCAGAUUGAAGGAUGAGAGUAUCAGUGGUAAAAAGAGCUUUAAGAUGCAAAGCCAGUCAUUGCACCAAUGUCAGAGUUUCUACCAGAAAGCAAAUUAAAAGGCAGCAAAACAUGAGUUGCUGGAUAAAUUUUUUUUAAAGAUUUUAUUUAUUUAUUCAUAAGAGACAGAGAGAGAGAGAGGCAGAGGGAGAAGCAGGCUCUCUGCUGAGCGGAAAGCCCGAUGCGGAACUCGAUCCCAGGACUCCGGGAUCAUGACCUGAGCCAAAGGCAGACGCUUAACUAUCUGAGCCACCCAGGCACCCGCUGGAUAAAUUUCUUAAACAUGGUCCUACAUCUUCCUCAGAAAUGGCAUUGAAAGCCCCCGUUGAGAAAACACUUCUGAAUUCCAAGACUGAUUAAAGGAACAAUAGUUCUACCUUUGAUGUGUUGCAAUAAAAUUAAGACGUGAACUUGGGAGGACAGAGAUGAUAUUAUUCCUUAAUACAGUAUUAUAUUAGCAUCUUAAUCGAUUAAUAUACACUUUACCCAGUUUUAUAUCAUACUGAAAUAUUAAUAUUUGCUUUGACAUGUCUGUGGCCAGUUUUGGACAAGGCCAUUUAAAACCAAUUAUGUCUUGAUGUGGGGGCAAAGGCCCUAAUUGCAUCUUUGUUUCUGUGGGAUUGGGAUGCUCUGAUUCAGUUCUUAAUUCUUUUGAUUCAUACCCUCUUUCAACAGAGAACAGGCUCAAAGCAGGAAGGCUUUUUCCAUAGGGAUGCAUUUAGUCUCUACCACCUCUUAGUUCAGUAGGCCCUUGAAGAUUUCGCACAUUCAAAACACCCUGGGACACUUCCAACCAAGUCAUAAGGUCAUCACAAUUGUCUGCUGCUGACAUUUUGUUCCAUAGGUGCCUAAAUGUUCACUCCUGGCUCUCAAAGGCUUUUGUCAGCACCUUACUGAGUUGGCAGUGACACCCACCACACACCUUAUCACCCAGCCUUGGGGAGUCAGUUUAGCAUCUUAUCAUCUUGCUUGUUGGAACGGAUGCAUCCAGCAUUCAGACUGUUCAUGCCACUGGUACCAUAACCAAAAAAAAAAAAAAAAAAAGGCAUUUUUUUAACUCAAAGACUCAAUGCUUUUAUUUAGAUUUAAACCACAGAUUGUUGGGCCUGUAAGUAGGUCACACUUUGUGUGGAAUGACCCAGCUCUGUCCUUUGCCAUCUGGCUACAUGAAUCAAUGUCAGAUGUAUGCAAAUAUAUCUCUGAGAGGAGACCCUGGAAAACAGUGUUGAUAGACCAAGCACCAACCCCAGGACAGCUACCUGUCCUAGAAAAAUCACCGCAGCACAGGUUUAAAUGUGAUCUCACUGUCCAUUAUUUUCACUGGAUGCUAGAGUCUAAAUACACUCUGCGUCUGCUUCAUUUAUCUUAAUUUUAUUACAUGCCCAGAAAUUCAGGGGAGUUCAGAGACAGCAUGGAAUGGUUGAGAAAGAGCAUGUGAUAAAAACUCUAAGGAGCACCAAGGGAAAAAAAAUAAUCAUAGUGAGACAAUGAGGUUUGUCCAGCUGUCUGUCCAGUAACCAACUGACUGCGGGUUGUCACAGAGCCACUGGGAUUGGUUCUCAACUUGGACUUCAGAGCUUUAACAGUACAAUAAGGAUUGGGGUUAAUAAUUAUAAUUAUAAAUGUUAUUUAUUUAUUUUUUUGUUAUUUAUUUAAACGUAGCUUUGUUUGCAAGAAGACAGAACACAGCUGGCAAUAGUGCAUGCAGAAUAGAAAGAUAAAAUCAGUAGAGAAUAAAUGGGGAAAAUAAGAUAUGGGGAAAAUAAAAACAGAAAAGUGACUUGGAAGCAGGAAGGAGUAAGUUAGUAAACGACACACAACACCCACUCCAUAAAAGCACGUAUAUUAGUUGGUGUUGGGCCACAGAGUCUGUAAGUCAAAACUAGCUAUAGAGAAGAAAUAUCCCUGGAGUAGCUUGGGCUUCAUAGAAGGUUGGCAUUGUAUACUUUCCCAUCCCCAGAUGCCUCCAUAUACUUAUACUAUCCCCAGAUCUUCAUUGUUGUACAUUUAUCCAUUCAAACAUUUCUUGAAUGCAUUUAAUGUGUCAGCACCAUGCCAGGUUCUGAGGAAACCAUGGUUUAUAGAAAAACAAAUGAUCACAUAAAGGAGUGUGGAGCUAUAAGCUGAGAUACCUUUUCUGAAGGAAAGGAACAUGGUUCCUGGAAAAUUUAUUACAGAAAAAUCCAGACUGGUCUGGAUGGGGUAGGUAUCAAAGGGUAAAGAUCAGGUAGGACUUCUUAAAGCAAGUAAUUUUUGAAUUGGAAGCUGAAGCUGAGUAGGAACUAAGUAAGUAAAUGAUGUGGGGUCCAGUGGAGUGAGGAGGGGUGUAUGGAUAGAGGGAAAUAUUUCUAGAGAGGAAAAAGAGUGCAUGCAAAGGCCCUGUGGUAGGAAGGACCAUGGUAUAUUCAAGGAACUGAAAGGCCAAGGUAGAUAGUGCACAGAAAGCAAAGAAGAAAAUAUAAAAUGAGGAAAGAAAAGUAGACAGGGGUGAAACCCAUACAUUAUCAAUUUUGGUUUUUAUCCUAAUAAGACUUAACUGUGGUUGGGGGUAGUAAUCUGAACCAAUUUACAUUUUGAAAAAAAUUCUAUUGAUUGAAGAGAACAAAUUGAAGGAAAGAAAGGGCAAGCAGGAUGCUAAAGAUUAGUUAGGGCUAUUAUAUUAGUGCAUUCAAGAGAGCCUGGUAGUGUGGACUUGGUUUGUGACAAUGGAGACAAAAAGAAGUGGAAGGAUGUGAGAGGCAGGAUUUGGUGCUGGGUUGGUGGUAGAGUGUAGGGAAAGGCAGGGGUCACAGAAUUACCUGGAUAUGGAGUUUGUGCAACUGGGCGGAUAUUGUCACCUAUCAUUGGCCUAGGGAAUUUCAGAAGAGAGCCAAACUGAGAAUGACGAGACAGAGCCAUGAGGGUAGUCUUGGACAUGGCGUGAUUGAGAUAUUUUAGAGGCAUCCAAGAGAGAAGUCCUAUAGAUGGUGAGGUAUACCAAUUUGGAGUUGAGAGAAGUGUUAGCUGGGAAUAAAAGAUUUGUGACCUAUAUGCACAUACAGAUAUACAUAUAAAGGUGGAAGGGAGGUGUGAGCGUGAAUGAGGUUCCCAAGGAACAGAACAUAGCAAGAGAAAGAAAAAGCCUCAGAUGGAGACUUGAUGCAUUUUCAAGGAGCAGCUUGGCCUGGGGUUAUUCUGAACACAGCAUUAAGAUUGUAGGGGCAAAUCUUUUUUUUUUUUUUUUUUUCUUACACCAUGAACUUACAUUUCUUCCCUAUUAUUUUGCUUUGUUUUGAUUGGAUAGACAACUAUCCCCCCCUGAUUUCUCACUUUUGAAUUUCCUUAGUUAACUCGAUCACCCCUGCCAGUAAUGAUAGAAGUUUCACCAUAAAUGGUCUUAAUCAAGAUGAAGAAUACUUUUUAAAUGAGUUAGUUUUUAAUGAAUAGGACUUUAUAUGUGUGCUAAAUGAUGCUUGUUACCAAAACCAUUUAAGUAUUAGUGAUUGUAUGCUUUUUGUCUUUUACUGGUCAAUUAAUCUAGCCUUGUCCUGUGAGAUUAGCAUGAGGUGCUGCCCAUAGAUAGUCUGAGAAUUUACUUGAGAUGGCCUGAGAUUCAUGCAUGGUCAUUUACUUAGAAAUGACCACCUUGUAUAUUUUAGAAGAUGACAUCCCUUGGGGUGAGUUUUGCAAGCUCAUUAUGGCAAGCUACGUCUAACAGAAAGGACAGGAUUUUGAAACAGAUAAUUGAGGAAACCAGCAGAAAAGUUUAAGUUCAUGUGAUUCAAUAGUUUUCAUUGUCCAAUAUUGUGUUUUCAUAGUACACAUUGAAUAAGAGGGUAAGAUCUUUAUUGACAGGCACAGUUUUCUUCCGAUGAUUUUUUGUUCACUGAAUUUGGUAGUGAUGGCGUUCCAAUGAAAAGUUGCAUUUUGUUCAUGUGGGCACAUGAAUUUGCACAUGCUGUGUGUCUGCCCAUGUUUACUGUGUAGUUAAAACCAAGACAUCAGUUGUGAUCUCCCCAGAAGUAGCAGUAACUGUAUAACUUAAGCAGCAAGUAGAAGAAUCUGGGUUUCUUUAAUGUAGGCAAGAGAUAAGAAUGUUGUUUUCAAGUUCAUAUGAAAGAGGAUGAUGGAGUGGUUCUGUCUAGCCACAAAGGGCAAUCCGAGUUUAAAUUAAUUAAGAUUAAAUAAUAUUAAAAAUUAAGUUCUUGUGUCACGACAGCCACACUUCAAUAGUCCGGUGUAGCUGGUGUCCACAGCGUUGAGCAGUGCGAAUAUACAACUUUUCCACCAUCCCAGAAAGCUCUAGUGAAGGUUUCUGAACUAAAGCAGGAAUCAAAUCCAGGCUGCUGCCGGU